GAUAAAACACAAAUAACAAAAACUGACCGUUGGAUCAAAUUACAAACUCAAUUCUUUAGGCUCGGACAUAAGUUUUUUAUUUUUCCCUCCUCUCUAUUUCUUCCUUUUUCUACUGAAAAUAUACAGACAAUUGACGGCUUCAUUACGAAAAUGGCAAUAAUGGCGGAAAUUAGAAGAAGUGGGGAGUUACAUGAUUUUCAUUUAGCUUCAAGAAGAACCGAAGAAUUAGCACUUAGGAGGUAUCAGGCAGUUCACUGGCUAGAAUGUUUUGUGGGUCCCCUUGGCAUACACAGUGAGCCAUCAGAUAGACAGUUCAUUUCUUGCUUGAGGAAUGGCAUAAUUCUCUGCAAUGUUAUUAACAAAAUUCAACCUGGAUGUAUACCCAAGGUGGUGGAUAAUAACGAGCCUGUGGCAUCUGAAACAGCAAUAUGGGAUUCGAAACCAUUGCCUGCUUAUCAGUACUUUGAGAAUGUUCGAAAUUUUCUGAUGGCGGUCAAAGAAUUGAAACUUCCUGCCUUUGAAGCUUCUGAUUUGGAGAAUUUUGAGGCAGGAUCAGCAGCUAGAAUAGCUGAUUGCAUUCUAGCACUUAAAUCUUAUUAUGAGUGGAAGGAGUGGAGUGGAGGAAAAGGAGUUUACAAGCAUGUAACGAUUAAAUCUCCGCUUCUGCAAUCUGCAGCCAAGAACUUUUCUCGGCCUUUGAAUGCAAUUUCUUCUCAACCUUCUAGGCGGUUAGACAUGUCUGGAUUGUCUGCUGUGGAUGAAAAACAGUCCAUUACAGAUUCCAUUGUCAAGGCACUUACAACCCAUAUGGUUGAUUCAAAGGAGAACAUCAAUGAAAAUUUUCGUACUUCUCUUCAAAACGGAAGCAAGGAUCCAGUACAACUUUUUAAUGAGAUUUUGUCAAGGUGUUUGGAGGAAAAACUAAGCAAUCAAUUUCCAAUGCUAAAAUCUUGUUCUCAAGAUAGCUUAAAAGAAGCAGGCGGAUCACACGCUUCAGUAUCUGUACUAAAAGAAAACUCAUCUUUAAUACAUAACCCUGAGUGCCACAGAACUCAGACCAGAAAAGUUAGCAAGGAUCACUGGCGUCUGUUGUGGAAUCAAGAAAGGGACCUUUCAGAUAUUAAAGCCUUAUGGCACAAGACAAAAGGAGAGUUUGAAUACUUACAAUCUCAGCUGUUGAAUGAUCUAAUGCAUUUAGGAAGCCUUGUUGAAGAGAUGUCUACCCCUGCACUUCGUUACCAAAAAGUUGUCCAAGAGAACAGGAAGCUAUACAACAUGGCCCAAGACUUGAAGGGAAACGUAAGAGUUUACUGCAGGAUCAGACCCAUUCUCAAUAUGGAUGCUAAGAACUUGGUAGAUUUUGUCGGGCAGGAUGGAUCACUUGUGAUUGUUGAUCCAUCAAAACCAAGACCUGAUGGAAGAAAAGUUUUCCAGUUUAAUCAGGUGUAUGGCCCAUCUGCUACACAAGAUGAGCUGUUUAAGGAAAUUCAGCCGUUGAUCAGGUCUGUCAUGGAUGGCUUUAAUGUGUGCAUUUUGGCUUAUGGUGAAACUGGAUCCGGCAAGACACAUACCAUGUAUGGUUCAUCAGGUAUCUCAGAGAAGGAGAUGGGCAUCAACUUUUUAGCUCUAAAAGAUCUCUUCCAAAUAGCUGAGAAGAGAAAAGACACAAAUUAUGAUGUACGUAUUCAAAUGGUCGUGAUAUGCAACAAGGAAAUACAAGACCUUCUGGCCGAAGUUCCUGCACCUGAUGGUGAAUCAAGUCUUCCAGAUGUUGCAUUCCAUUCUGUGAAGUCAAAUGUUGAUGCUAUCAGUUUAGUAAACUCAGGACAAAGAAAAUACAGUUGUCUCAAUACUUCGAAGAUAAACAACUUAAGCAGUCCUUUUCAUAGUGUCGUGACUAUCCAUGUGCAUGGCAAGGAUACAUCUGGAAACAUUUUACGCGGUUGCCUCCACUUGGUCGAUCUUGCUGCCAGUGGAGAGGAUGACACGUCACUAUCGUGCUUGGAGGAUGUCAUAACAUCAUUAUCUCAGAAAAAUUACAACAUUCAACAAGGAAGCAGUAAAAUUACAUCACUUUUGCAAGAUGCUUUAGGAGGAAAUGCAAAGGUAGUGGUGUUCACACAUGUUAUUCCAGAAGGAGAUAACUUUGCAGAGACAGUUAAUACCUUAAAGUUUGCGCAGAAGGUCUCAACUAUUGAGCUUGGAGCUGUUCUGUCAAACAAAAAGAACAUAGAAGUAACACAACUGAAACAAGAGAUUGAGACCCUUAAGAGCGCACUGGGUGACAAGGACCCAAAAAGUCCACUGCCUAAUAGGCAGCUGAGAUCCCCAUAUGAUAAAACAAGAUCAGUAAUCGAAAAAAGUCCUAUAAAAGCAAGAAGACUGAGCAUGGAGAAUCCUGGAAGUGUGAAAUCUGAGAGGCUAGAAAAAUCACCAUUAAAGCAACUAAAGAUAACAACAGACAAUCCCAGUGAUAAACUCUCUAAUCCAACAACAAGUAGAAGCAAAGAGCCCAAGUCACCACUUGAGAAACCAAUGCUUCAAGGGUCCUUCCCAAGAUCUCGGAGGUUGAGCAUUGAAAAUCCCAUGACCAUCAGAAGUGAGAAAAAACAAAAGCUCAAGGAUCCAAAAUCACCUUCUGAAGGGAAAGCCACACUUAAAAAGCUAACUCCUCCAAGAUCACGCCGACUGAGCAUUGAGAAUCCCAAGGCCAUUGCUGACAUCAGAAAGAGUAGUAAAACACCACAAACUUCUCUUCGUGCUCGAAGAUUAAGCUUGGAAGGUCCUAAGGAUUGUACAAAGAAAGGGUUGCGAUCAGCUGAUGUCGUCUCUUCAAAGGACUAUAUUAGCAUUAUGGAGUUUCCUGCUUCUUAUACAAAUGGACCCACUUUCACAGAUUGUGCAACAGAAUUUCCAUCAGUACAACCAUCCCCUGCUGCUUAUACAAAUGGGCCGACUUUCACUGAUUGUGCAACAAAAUUUCCAUCAUUACAACUUGCCCCUGCUGCUAACACAAAGGGACCAACUUUCACAGAUUGCGCAACAAAAAUUCCAUCAUUACAACCACCAAAAACUCCAGAACGCCAGAAACUUGACCUUAAUGAGAUGCACACUCCGGGCAUUGCAAAAAGUACAAACAAGAAGGGAUCUCAAAUAAAAAGAUCACUUAGGACUAUUGGGAAGUUGAUCAAUGGCUCUGAGAAAAGGAGCCAACAGGUGGUCGAAUCAUCGUCAAUGAAGGGGAAAGACAUUGCUCGUGAACCAAGAUCACCCCCUUCAACUAAAGCAAGAACUCUAAGGAGACAGUCACUAACAGGCAUUCCUCCACCACCAGGUUCAAACAGAAGAUCUUCUCUUGAAGGAGGCACAUCGACUGAUGCUCGUCCAACUGACAAUAGGAAUGCAAAAACCCCUCCUCCUGUACGUUCAUCGAUCAAAUUAACAAAUCGUUGGAUGUAAACUCAAAAUGUGGAUGGAUCAUCCUUGCUGCUUCAACUUGAAGCUCAAAUGAACUGAUAUUUGAUGUUUAAUUCAAAAUGUGGAUGGAUAUAGAUCCUUGGUGCUUCGACUUGAAGCUCAAAUUAACUGAUACUUGAUGUAGGUCGAGUGCAAAGGGAGUUUGAGGACAUGAUGAUAUUGAUGUAAAUAGAAAAUGUAAUACAUACAACAAUAAGAUUUGGUGAUUUCACCUCAAUAUUCAUUUUUCCAAAUAGAAAAUGAUGGUCUCUCAUCUUGUAUUCUAAGUUUUUUUUCUUAAGACUGUAAAUCAAUCCGAUAAUAGAUUUUAUCAUACAAAGAUCAGAGGCAGAUCAUUCGAA